GAUUUAAUAAAACCACGUUUUUGUCCGUCAAAACCAAACACUGAACUAAACUUUUAAUUUCAUUGUAUGACUCGUUGUUAUAAUUAGUUUACAAAAAGUGAUUUAAUUUUUCUGAUUUUGAACUCAAUUUGAACGAUAUAUCUGUGUUUUAAUGCCAUAAACAGUGGUCUCAAUGCCUGGCAUUGAAUCAAUUAAAUGUGUUUUCAGUGUUUCUAUUGAAUGAGAAAACAAUACUUUUUGUGAAUUCAUACAAAAUAUAGACAUUUUUGUGUAGAAAUUGUUUUUGAUUUAUAUUUAUUGGCAAUCAUUUGAAGGAUAUAUUCAUUGAAAUAAUGAUCCGAAGACAACAGCGGAUCCGAAGGGAGUAUUUGUAUCGAAAAGCAUUAGAAGAACAGAAACGAGUGGUGACUGAGAGGAAAGAGCAGAUCAAACAAUCACUCGAUGAGAAUAAGGCGAUCCCAACAGAGCUGAAGAAAGGAGCUCUCAGUUUGCAAUCAGUGCUCGAAUGGGACGACGAGGCGUCAGAACUGGUCACCAGUCAUGAGGACGACGAGUACCGGUGGGCCGGCGUUGAGGACCCGAAGAUUGUGAUCACCACAUCCAGAGACCCGUCUUCGCGGCUCAAAAUGUUUGCUAAGGAAAUGAAACUACUUUUCCCGAACUCCCAGCGCCUGAAUCGAGGCAACUAUGAGCUCAAACAACUGAUCAACUCUUGUCGAGCCAAUGAUGUGACAGAUUUUAUUACAAUCCACGAGACGAGAGGAGAGCCCGACGGUCUGGUUAUAUGCCAUCUGCCGUACGGACCGACCGCUUAUUUUCAGUUAAUGAAUACCGUUAUGAGACACGACAUACCAAACAUGGGAACCAUGUCUGAGGCCUAUCCGCACCUCAUUUUCCAUAACCUAAAGUCACGUUUGGGCCGACGAGUGAUGAAUAUAUUGAAGUAUUUAUUUCCUGUGCCUAAAGAGGAAUCGAAACGUGUCGUUACGUUUGCAAAUCAGGACGACUUCAUAUCAUUCAGACAUCACGUCUAUAAGAAAGUGGAGGGAAAGGUAGAGCUGUCCGAAGUCGGGCCUCGAUUUGAGAUGAAAUUGUAUGAAAUAAAGUUGGGAACCAUUGAUAUCGCGAACGCAGCCGAUUCUGAAUGGAUUCUUAAGCCAUAUAUGAAUACAAACAAGAAGAGAAAAUUCCUGAGCGAUGAUAACCUCUAAUAUAACGCUAACAUUAUUAGGAAAUCUCAUUAUCAAUGCUAUAGCACUGCUUUGUACGGCUUUAUCGCCAAAGCAUAC